AUGGGUGGUGCGUUGGCAGUUCAUGCAGUGCACAGUAAUCGUAUGGAUGCAGUGGUCGGUUUAGGUGUUAUUGAUGUGGUGGAGGGGAGUGCGAUGGAAUCGUUGAGUGUCAUGGGUGUGGUCAUCAAUAGUCGUCCGAAACAUUUCGCUUCUGUCGAAGGUGCAAUAAAAUGGUGUAUUGAAAUGGGAAUGGCGAGAAAUAUGCGUGCAGCUCGUAUUUCAAUGCCGUCACAAAUCACACAAGAUGAUAGUGGUCGUGGAUUUAAAUGGAGAACAGAUCUGCAUAAGACUCAACCGUAUUGGGUUGGUUGGUUCAAAGGCUUAUCGAAAAUGUUCUUGGAAUGUUCUCCACCAAAAAUCUUGAUACUGGCUGGUGUUGAUCGACUUGAUACUGAUCUCACGGUUGGGCAAAUGCAAGGCAAAUUCCAAAAUACGAUUCUGCCAAAAGUAGGACAUGCUGUGCAGGAAGAUUCACCUGAUAAGUUAGCCGAUACGUUGGCGAGGUUUGCGGUGAGAUUCCGAUUUUGUACGUCGAAAUAA